AUGGCGAAACGUUUGGAUGGCAAAAUUAAAACACCUAAUAGUGGCCCAAAUUUUAAAUCCAAAUCGGAUUUGAAACAAAUGGAACAAAUAAGACGAGAAGAAAAAGCUUUACUGGAAAAGCAGAAGGACAGAGAGUUAAAAAUUUUAGAACACCAGCUCCGCGAAAAACGAUUAAAGCCCAUUUGUGCCAUGUUAACGGAAUUGUCACGAAAAAAAUAUGAACACGAUCGAAAGUACCGUGAAGAAUUAGACUGGAAGCAUUGGAUACGAUGUGACGGCACUCCCAAUCCUCAGGUUGUACAAGAACUGAAUACGUAUCUCUUUGUUGAGAGACAAGUGUGUCAUACUUGUGACGAUAAAAACUCAUAUGUGGAAAAAUGUUUAGAGAUAUUCAAAAUCAUGGACGCAGUAGAUGACAUCGUGGAUUUACCGUUAGAUUUCAAUCAAUUUAAACUGCAAUGUUUCCGAGAAGCCAGAGAUAACUUAGGAAGGUUACUGGUAGAAAUUGUAUACGGAAUUUGUUACUAUCUGUUGAGUGAUUAUGAUCGUAGAAUGGAUCCUAUAGAUUUAGAAACUGUUGCAUAUAAAAACUCGUGUGAAGCAUUCGCUGUUGGCUUAUAUGUGGUGUGCCAUAGACCCAGGUUGCUGACUGACGACCGACCUCCGCCUAAAUGUGACUUCCCCGAAUGUCUUGUCAUGGUCGAUGUCCCGCCACAACUGUCACAACAGUACAUGGCAGUGAUGGCGUUAUGGUUACGUUGGGAUCCAUUUACGGACAGGAUGGCUGAAUUUGACGUCUCAAAGUCGUUUGAGAUGGAUACCCGAGAUCUGUGGCAGUACUUGGAGGAUGCAUGGAAAGAACAGAAUCAGAUAACACAACUACUAAAUGAAGAAAAGGAACGUUCAGAUAAACAAUUGUGGAUGAAAAAAAUGGAAGAAAAACUUAAAGCGUUUGCGGAGGUAGAUCGAAACAGUUAUCCAGAAGAUCUUAUAACAUACUUGGAUGAACUUGAAAAAAUUGACUCCUCUACUCGUGUUCGUUCCACAACCAAUGACAUUGAUAAAGAAGAAAAGGAACCAGAAGAUCUUCGAGAUGAAGUCGACGUUAAGGACGAACCCCCAAAAACAGUAGAAAUUGAAACCACGAAGUCAAUUAAUAAUAAAGCGGAUAUCGGAAAAACUCUAAGCCAGGAAAUAGAGAAAAGGCAGAUGGAACAGAUAGAAGAUAUUUCCAAUUCUUUGAAAUACCCGGAAAAACCCAAUGAACUCAAUCCUAGAAGAUACUGGAUUAUUGGCGGAGCAUUCAACGUGGAAAUGUGGAAACUUCCUAUGCAGCCCGUUGAAUUCGAAGACGGGUCAGUGGGCGUGUUAAUCGUCGGACCCACUGCACUGCAACCCAUCGAUUAUCAUGAGAAAUACGAACCGAUACAAUUAUCAAUGGGAUUUUCGUCCACGUCGUCCGAAGACGAAGAAACUGACGUGAAAAAACAAAAUCAAGAAGCACUUAAGAAACUUGCGCUGAUAAAUAUCAAGUUGCCGGAAAAUGUGCUUUGGUUUGAAAAUCCCAAACCAGCAAUGUGGAACGAAGACAAAAAAAAUUGGACAACUGAGCACAUAUACGAUAUCAGGUUCAACGAGGAGAAGCAGACGGUAUCGUUCCGGGCCGGCCGGAUGGGCUCGUUCGGACUGGCCGUCAACCGGUACACGAACUUCCCGUUUCAGUCGUGGGAGAUACGGCCCGAGGGCGGAAGUGACGGCGCAGGCGUCAUCCUGUCCGUGACCGCGGCCACCGUGCUGAUAGAGUUCGCGGUGCGCGAGGAUCGAGCGGCCAUGGUGCAACUGCAGAACGCCACCACGGUGGCCCUGCAGGAGAUGAUAGGCGUGUACCACCGGCCGGACAAGCUGAUCCGGUUGCUGCGCCGCGGCGGCGUCAACCUGUUCCCGGAACCGGACGCCCGGCACUACGUGGACGGCCGCCGACCGCCCAAGCACGCGGUGGCCGAGCGGCACGCGUACCGUUGCAUGGCCGUGCUCAGCGGCACGCAUCAGUUCGCCGCGUCCCGGUGGAACGUGCACGCGCCCUCCGACCGCAUGGUGAUGCAGAUGAAGGAAACGCAGCCGCCGGCCGUCGGAGCGGCGGACGGUGCCGAGACGACGACGCCGUCGUCGUCGUCCACCGGCGGACAGGCUGGCAUCGGCCCGUACAAGAUGAUCAUGGUGACGCCGGAACGGGCCGUGCUGCUCAAGUGCACCGAGGUCAGCCAGGUGUUCUCCGAGGAACCGCUUGACAAGCCGUCGGACGUCGCCGAGGCCGGUCGGCGGUACGCGCCCGACUUGUUGGCGCUGGCCGGACAUAGCCCCUCCGACGUAGACUUCAAGGCCACCGAAACGCUCUUCUACCUGAUGGACAAGAUCAAAUUUUUGAGCUAUUCUUGA